AUGGUCAUCGUCCAGGAUCACUUCACACCCCAGCCUCGUGCCAACCGGGCCAAGGACAAAAUCAACCGCAAGGUGCUCCCCCGUGCUCUACUCCAGGCCACACGUCGACAGGCUCGCCGUCCCGUACCCUGCAAGACCGACAUGGACCAUCCCAACGACCUCGACACGGACGACGCGGACGGCCCCAUCCAGAAACUCUCCCUGCCCGGGAUGCCAGGCCGCAUCUGCUCACGGGAAGAUUACCCCAAACUCCCCAAGCAGCUCCCGUGCCCUAUCCCCGACGUCCUCCCCACCGUCGACCAGAAGAAGAUCGCCGCCGCCUGCCCCACCUUCGCUGAGAUCCCGCCCGAGCAUGUGCGGAGGAUCUGGCCCGCGAUGGGCAUCAAGAUGCUCUGCAUGUGGGGCCGGCUGCUCGUCAACCCGCCCAAGAGCACCGUCCCGCGGAGGUUCACGAUCUCCCUCAAGGACGUGGCCCUCGCCCAGCUCCCCACCCACCUCUUCGCGAUCUGGGGCCCCGCCUCGGUCUCGUUCCUCAAGAAGUCCCUGAGGUACCGCCGCAUCGUCUGGCUCUACCCCGCGCACGCCGUCAUCUGGGCCGCCCACUGCGCCAACCUCCCCGCCAUGCGCCCCGGAGCGCUCCGCACCAUGCUCACCACCCCCCCGAGCCCCGCGGACGAGGAGACGAAGACGGAGGCGGUCGAGGGCUCGAACGCGUACCAGCUCCCCGUCGUCCCCCUCCAGCUCCCCUACCCGCACCGCGACGCGAUCGAGGCGCUCGAGGCGUACUUCUACACCCGGCGCACCUUCCCCUUCCUCGAGCGCAUGCUCGGCGUCUUCGACGCCCUCGGGCCCGCCCCGCCCCCGAAGGAGGAGGCGGCGCGCCAGGCCUGGAUCCAGAACGCGCAGGCGAUCUGCGACGCGUUCGACUCGCUCGACCACGCGAAGCUGCUCGACGUCGUCACCCGCUUCGUCGGCCACAUCGACACGCUCCUCAUGCUCGCCCGCACCGUGCGCGGCGUCGCGCAGGACAUGGGGGUGCUGGGCGUCGUCGACGCGCGCCCGUGGGCCGCCGUCGCCGCCGCCUGGCGCGCCGUCCGCGCCGCGAUGGACAACCGCGUCGACUACGGCUGCCUCGCGAAGACGCGCACCGACGACUCGUGGGACGAGCACUCCGACCCGGGCCACCUGGACGAGCCGGAGGUGCCAGAGCAGGCAGAGGAGAUGGCCGUCGACUCGGACUGA